AUGGGGAGGUGGGGAAUCACGAACCGCGUGUUCAAACAAAAUUAUGACUUUGAACGGUUGCGGAAAAGGGGGCGGAGUUUGAGGACCAGUGAGUAAUUGUUUAUUCAGGAAACUUGAUCAGUAUAUAAGGCAUGGGCAAUGUCGCGAAAAUUAUCAACUAAGAUUGAGUUGUCCUGUUUGCUUUGUGAGAAAGGUUGCUUUGGGUAAGGUUUUAGUGUCAGCAUUGGUUCAGAAAGGUAGUAUUUAAAAGGUGGCUAAGUUUGAUGUCAUAGGUCAGAGGAAACAGAGGUGGGGAAGAAACUUGAACUUUUAAAAGCAUUUGUUAGCUCUAGGAUUUAAGUUAUGAACUUUUCAAUUACUUCUCCAAAUAAAUUUUUUUUCAAAAAAGUUGAACGUGGUCACCCCUGUUGAUUUUUUAAGCAAAAAUUUUAAAACGCAAAAAAAAAAUUUUUUUUCAAAUCUUUGGAAAUUAUGAUAAUUUUUGCGCAAUUUCUUUAUUGUGCCUUUAAACCACUGUACUAUCAAUAGCUAAAAAGACCCUAAUCAUCACCUUUCAGAUAACCAUGAACGCCCUCCUCGUCCUCCUCCUCCUCGCCCCAGUCGCCCUCGCACGCCCAGGCCAUGGUCACGGCCAUCACGGCAAGCACGGUCCUCUAGGCGAGAUCUUCGACCAACUCACCGACGCCCAAAAGGAAGAAGCCAAGAAGUUGUUCGAGAGCGGCCGCGACCUCCCCAAGGCCGAGCAGAAGAAGCAGUUCGAAGCCUUCGAAGCCAAGCUGUCCCCAGAAUUGCAACAGAAAAUCAAGGAACACAAGGCUAAAUGGGAACAGAAGAAGCAAGAGAACGACGAGAAGGUCAAGAGCUUGAGCGAAAAGGCCCAACAACUCUUCGGCGAGAUCAAGAACGUGCUGAAGGACGAAUCCUUGACCAGAAAGCAAGAGCACGAGAAGAUUGACCAGAUCGUGAAGGGAGCCGACAAGUCCGUCGUGGAAGAGUUGAAGAAGGCUGGAGUUCACGCCCCUGGAUUGGGACACCGUGGUGGACGUCACGGUCACGGCAAGCACGGCAAAGGAAGCAAGGAAAGCAGGGAAGAAUCCCAAGAAGAGUAA